AUGACAACAUAUAAACUCUGUGAAAGAGGGCUGACAAUAGCCACUUUCUUCUCCACCUUGACAAAGAAGCCACCAGCAAUGAAACUCCACGCUGCAGCUAUCCUCGUCAUCUUCUGGCUUGGCAUCUUCACUGUCCACACAGUGAAAGGGAGCGUUGGAAGUCAGCCCAUGCGCAAAUUCAGUUGUGUAAGUCUGUCUACACAGCAACUGAACAUCCGAAAGCUUGUCAGCUAUGAAAAGCAACAAGUUCCAGUAAAAGCCAUCAUGUUUAUCACCACAAAAGGUAUCAAGAUCUGCGUAAGCCCUGAUCAGAAAUGGGUGCAGGCUGCUAUAAAGAAAAUAGACCAGAAACGUACCACCAACGGCAAAUAA